UUCUGCGCUCCUUGCUAUGGAGUAAAAAUCAAAUAUAUUUUACGGAGUGUUAGUUUGUGAAAUAUGCGUUCAUAAACAAUAUGUGAUAAUUACGUGAAUUCGUAUAUGUGACAAAUUUAUAUAGUCAUGGAUUUAUUUGGAAACAUAUCAUUUGAGUACCUGAUGUCAAAUGCAAGUGACAGCCACUGGCCUUGUGGGUGGCUAGAUGAGGGGGUGUCUUUAUCCAACAAUUCAACGAACUUUACAACGAACGCGUGUCUUGAAGCUGCUUUUUCCAAUUUCAAAGUCGGAGGAAGAGCUCGUUCAAAGUUGGAAUCUAGUUCACUAAUGAAUGCCGGUUUAAAUAUAUUUACGUAUGUAACCCCAGUUGUGUUAGUGAUAGGGCUGGUUGGCAAUGGACUUUCUAUAGCGGUGUUUAGAACGUCAACCAUGAGAAAGAUGUCUGCAAGUGUUUAUCUAGCGGCCUUGGCAAUGGCGGAUAUAUGUACAUUGCUGGUAUAUGUACUCGUUGAAUGGCUAAGAAGAGGGCUACCAUAUCUAGCUCCUGGACUAUCUGUGAGUCUGUUGGACAUUAAUGGCAUUUGUCAAGUGCUACUGUAUUUUGCAUACGUUGCACGGUUUAUGUCAUCUUGGAUUAUUGUGACAUUUACGGCAGAGCGAUUCAGUGGCGUGUGCUUUCCCUUGCAAACAAUGCAUCGCAAGUCCAAGAGGAUUUUAGUUUGCCUCCUCCUGACAGGAGCAAUUUUCGUGAUUUACAAACCGUUUCUCAGUGGAGAAUAUAAAAUAGGCGAACGAACGUUAUGCACCUCUAACCCUGAACACAUAUUUGUAUCCUUCGUGUUGGAUACAAUUUUCGUCACAAUUAUAUUUUUUCUCCCUCUUGCUAUUAUCACAACACUAAAUUUACUAAUUGUACGGACUCUGUACCUUCGAAACCGACACACUAACGACCUAUUUGCAGAGAACACGAAAAUCCGUCUAGAGUUUACUUUAAUUCUGUUUGCCAUUUCAUUUUUCUACAUAACGUUUCAUAUGCCUUUCUUCGUGCUGUGGUGUAAAUUACAAAUAAUCAACGGGCCACAUCUACCAUCCGUCCCUCGUGACAAACAUUUCUGGGAUUAUUGGAUAGGUCUCCUUAACAUAGCAAGGACGGUUUUCUAUCUCAACUACUGCUCUAACUUUUUCCUGUAUUGUAUCACAGGUACCUAUUUCCGGAACGAACUAAGGAGGCUGUUUUGUCUUCGCAGGCAAACACAUCGAGUGUUUAAAUCUCACAUUCGAUCAAGUCAAUUUGGAUCCGUGUACCACAGUUCAAAUACACAUGUUACUUCAUAUGCCUAAAACAAAUUGUAAUGGACUUUCGUGAACUUUAACUGUUUUAAAAAUACUGUUUGACAUCUUUCAAGCUUUAUUUUACUUUAAGACAGGUUUAAGUAAGAUACAUUGAAACGGCCAUGACCGAAGUGCUCCGAUUGUUGUAAAACUGUGAACUGCAGCCUUGCGUUAUGUUUUGACAUAAUGAAAUGAAGAAAACCCCAUCAAACUCAUAUUUAUUCGUUGGAUAUUUAUUUUUUG